AUGACAUCUAUCCCUCAGAAAAAACCGGAGGACAUCGAAGCACCAGGCCUCGCAGCGCCUUAUGAUGUCGUCCUCCCGGACACCGUCUUGCUCUCAUCCUCGGACCCCACUCCAGCGAUGGACGUCGAGCCGAUUGCAGAGUCGCACUCUCUCGCUCGAGACGGACCAUCCGCUCUGCCAGAGAUAGUUGUCGAUCCCAUCGCAAACCCCGACGCGCCCGAAGCGUCGCGACAGCCGCGCGCGGUACCAGCCCCCCACCGCCUUUCCGCGCGUCGCGGCACGUCCUCCGGAAACGCCUCGGGGAUGCUGAAGGCACUGGGGAAACAACGCGUGACGUCGGCCGCCAUCAACAGGAUCGGAGAGCGGUUCGCGAGAGUCACACAGCUCACCCAGGAGAUCCCGAAACGCGCCAAACUGUUGCGGGAGGCUUCCACGUCCCUGAUGGGCAGCUUCGAGUCCCUCGGCCUCCCAUCCCACUUUGUAUCGCCGAUGCCAAGGGACGUCUUGCUCGAUCUGGUAGGGCGGCUCACUGCCCCCGCCGUUAUCGCCCAGGUCGACACGGUGGAGGAGCACAUCAACGUGAUCAGGUCAGGCGUCGAGGAGAUGGACAAAGCCCUGAAGGAGAUCGGGGCUGACGCCAAGGAGCUCAAACUGGACACGGGAGAGCUGUCAUUUGCGACCUGGACGGGCUAUGACAUCGAGAAAUUCAAGGCGGAUCUGGCUGCCCCUUCCGGGAUGUUGCGGCUGUUUGCGGCCAUACGGGUCGAAGCCGCAGCCGGUAGAAGUGAGCCUCUAGCAAGCGGCGCUCUCUGA